UCCUCCUCGCCACCAGCUCAUCAUGUCCACGUCCACUAGCUGCCCGAUCCCUGGGGGCCGGGACCGGCUGCCCGACUGCUACAGCACCACGCCCGGGAGCACGCUGUACGCCACCACCCCGGGAGGAACUAGAAUCAGCUACAAUCGAAAAUUCCUGCUGGAAUGUAAGAACUCACCCAUUUCCCUGACACCACCUGGCUACCUCCCCGAGAUCCCUGGGGUCACUGGGGUCACUGUCCCAACACAGGCCCCACUGGCCAAACUGGAGGAAUUAAAGGAGCAGAAAGAAACUGAAGAGAUCCCAGAUGAGGCACAAUUCGAAAUGGACAUCUGACCCUGUUAACACAAGAAUUCUGCCCCAGCCCGUGUGCUACUGCCAGGUGGCUCUUCUUACUGCAACAAGCAGGGCCUCGACUUCCCCAGGCAUGCGAAAAGCUUGUUAUUUCUAGUGGCUCCUUCAGUUCUCAGAAGUGACUGAGCCCAAGGUGAUGGGGGAGGGAAGGUUCAGAUUUGGGGUGUGGGUAGGAGAAGGUGCUGUUCUGGUGGCCACAUGGAUUUGGAAGUUCCUUGCUGAGCCCUUAAUAGCCAAUUUUAUCUACUGGGUUGUGGGAUUGGAUGCUGCACCCUGUCAAUGCUUAAUAAACACAA